UUCCUCUCUACCAGCAGUGUGUUAACAGAACAACUAGCCCGUUACACUUUACGCGUCGCCUCCUCGUCGUUCCUCUCGUCGUUCCUCUCGUCGUUCCUUCUUUUCGCGGUGUGGAAGCGGUCAAUGUCCUUUUAAAGGCAUUUUUUGGGGUUGUCGUUGUCGUUGGGAGAACCAACGCUUGUUUCUCUCGGGGGGGUCGGGGGGGAUCUCAAGUCACACGUUUCUCCAGUCGGGAUUUGUUCCGUUCCAGCCGACGGCCGCGCGUCCACAGACACCGACUUCUUUUCGCCUCGUGGUUUUUAUUUCCUCACUUCCACACCUCCGUGUCCCCCCCUCCGAAGGAAGGAAAGAAAAGAAAUAAAGCACAGACCCUCCCCCCCCCCCCCCCCCCCCCCCCCCACCCCCCAGAGCGACCAUGGCUGCCGUAACCAGCCCGGAGACGAGCCCUCAGCCGCGGGUGUAUUUCCAGACGCCGGCCGGCGCCGCGGAGGAGCCGGAGACCCCCGUUCGGAAGCAGGGACGCGUGACCGUCAAGUACGACCGCAAGGAGCUGAGGAAGAGGCUGAACCUGGAGGAGUGGAUCAUCGACCAGCUGACGGACCUGUACGACUGUGAGGAAGAGGCCAUCCCAGAGCUAGAGAUCGAUGUGGAUGAGCUGCUGGAUAUGCCCAGUGACGUUGAGAGGGGGGCCAGGGUCAAGGACUUGCUGGUUGACUGUUUCAAACCAACUGAGGACUUCGUCUCAGAGCUGCUCGACAAGAUCCGAGGGAUGCAGAAGCUCUCCACGCCUCAGAAGAAAUGAUAGCAUCCCUCCUCCGACUCUUUCCGUCCACCUCAGCCCUCACCUCUCCUCAUACUUAGCUUCCCAUUCUUUUAUUUUAUUUUCUGUUUUAACGUCAGUUUUCUUCUUCCAUUGACGAUCGUCAUGAAACAUGUUAACCCUCAUCUGUUAGGCCCUCUGUUUUUCCUCUCUCUUCAUCUCAUCUUCUCUUGCGGCCUGGAUCCAGUCCCAUAACUCACUUGUAGUUUUAAUUAUUUGUCUCUUCCUUCCCCUCUUGUUCGUUGAACUUCCUUCUUGAAAAAAGAAAAUCAUCAACAAAGAAAAAAAAGUAAAGACUUUGAAAUUGAUCGCCAGAUGACAACAAGCAACUCAUUGGCCUGAAUACCGGGCACUCUCCUUUCCUCCUUCACCCUUUAUAUGGCUUCACUCCUCCCCCUCAUCCGGCUCCUCUUCCUCCCACCCUCUCCUGCCCCGCUCUCCAUCUGUCUGAGGAGGAAGAGGCGGGGAGCUGAGCUGAGAUGAAUCCCAUAAUCACUGGGAGCGCAGCAGCCGAGAGUGGGAAGAGCCAGAGUUUGCAACGGCCAAGAAAAGAGUGGCUGGUUGAACGACGGAGGAGGAAGCAGCCAAUCAUUGCUCAAGUCUCUACCAAUGAGAUUCAUUAUUUUGAUAUUUUAUAAAAGGGUUUUAAAGUUGUAUAUGAUCCAGCUACCAACCAUUACUCUGACACUGUUUCAUUGUUCACUUUGAGGGCAUGGGGGACAGUCACUUGACUUGAGUCUUUUGUAAUCGACCAGGCUAACUUUUUGGGGUCAGUACAGCAAAUGUUCCACCUUAAUCAAAAGGCAUUUGCAACAGUGGUGCAUUUAAAGACUUUCCUUUCAUUUUUUUGUGUGUCUUUUGAAAAAUCUGCACUAUGUCAUUUCGGGGGAGGAAAAUCUGAACCUCUGACCACUAGGAGUAUUGUACUGUGUAUUUUUAGUACAGCAAAGAGACCAAUUUGAUCCUUGGAGUGGUGGUUGAACCCUAAAGGAAAGUCACUGGUUGGCUGUGGUGGUAGAAAACCAAUUUUAGACUUUACGAAAAUCGUCCUUUUUGGAGUAGAGUAGAAGUAGGAUCGUUUGGGUUGAGCGUGUUUGACUAGAGUUCAAAUUCUUGCAGGAAAAAAAAAAGUGAUGUUUUUCUUUCCUCAGAUACGUAGUGCUGUCCUAAGAGGCUGUGUAGAAGCCCCUGCUGUCCAGCCUGCACAUACAUAUGUACGUCUGUGUUGCUAAAUACUACGUGUGUAUGUUGCUACAUAAUGUACAGCAACAUUGGGGGGGGGGGGGGGUUGCCUGUAUAUUCUGCUGUUCUGUACGACAAAUUUGAAUCUUAGUAUAGGACUGGUUCCUGUUUUAUCUUUAUUUUUUUGUGCAUUUUGUUACACACACUGACAGUCCGACAGGGGGACCUGGAACAAAGCUGCCUUGUUGUUGUUGUUGUUUUUUGGGGGGUUUUUUUUAACGACCCCUCCCCUUCUCUUUCUCACUGACUCUCCCUUUCUUCUAAGAAAUCACAUAGUCCACCACAUUGUUUCGUGUUUGGCAGACAUCAGUUCGGAGCGGUCACAUGUGCGUGGAAACUCUGAAAAUGACAUUUUCCGCUCGAUGUGGAGACUUUGCACCGACCUCUGCCCGUCGCAGCAGCAGAGUCACCGAUGACAUGACGGAAUAAGAGGGAUGGAGGCCGCGGUUACAAAUACGAAGCUGUCUAAAUGCAUUCACCCCUCUUUUUUUCAUUUGUUUCCUUUCUCUCUCACUUACACACACAGUCCACCCUUGGGGCGGAGGAAACACAUUAGCAAACACAGCUGCCUCUUACACAGAUCGGAAUACACACACUCCUAUACACACACUAAGUGCAGAGAGAUAAAGGGGGUGAGAGAGAGAGAGAGAGACAGGCCUUUAGAUGUCACAAUAUCCGUAGUUCUGUACUGCAGCUGCCAAUCAUAGCUAAGAAUAAAGCCAUCUGUUUCCGAUCCUGAGCCAAUCAAAUCAGAGACCGAAGCCCAUUGGCCAAUAGGAGAGGCAGUGACGGUUGCUGUGUCCAAUUGCUAACACCUGCAGUGACAGCAGACUGCUGUCUGCCUCUUUCUCUCUCAGCACCAAAACACACACACACACACACACACACACACUCACACAAACACACACGCAAACAAGUACACACACUUUGGCCCAUUUUCCUCUGCUCUUGUCAGUUCACCCUGUCUUCCCCUCUGUCCUCCCCCUCCUCCUCCCAUCCAUUUUCAUCCUUCUGUCCACCCUCCCUUUCUAACCUUUUUUUGUUUCUCUUUCAAAACAGAUGUUGCCUUAGGUAUUAUUUAUGUUACACAAACCAAAUAAACGGGAGACAUUCAUUUUUUUUAAAGGUAACUAACUGCUAAAACUGUUACCGAGUAGAACUGCGAUGUGGAAAAUCUCACUUCUCAUGUCGCUCCUUUUCUCUCUCUUUUUUUGAAAAGAGUUGUUUUUUUUGUUUUUUAGAAGUGUGUGUUUAAUACUUAGGCCUUGAUACAGUGGUCUUGUUUAGAUAAACCAAUGUUCUUUACAUUUACAUUGAAUACUGGUCAGUUUUUAUUGUGAUCAUGACACUUCUUGAUGCCAGGCCUUGGAUUAUCAUAUAGUUGAACAGAAAUCCAUUCAGAUUGACUUUGGUGUGGUUGCUUUUGCUUCGCUGGUGGCACUUCAAAAUCAAGCGCAGUGUACGCAGUUUUUUCGGAGACAUUUUGAUUGGUCGGAUUGUACCAAUGCGAGCUCAAUCUUCUGAAUUUGAAUGGAUUUUCAUUUCUAAAUCCAGGUUUGGAUUAUACCUUCUUAGACUGUUAUUGAGAAGUCAGUUUUUUUUACUGUUGGGGAAAAUUGCAAAAAAAAGAAAGAAGUGUAUAUAUAUAUAUACACACACACUGAUUAUUAUCAUUGAUGUUAAAUACAAGAGCUAAACCAUGUGGAUUUAAAGAGUGGUGGUGGUGUUCUGGGUUUUUUUGGACAAUGAUUAGAUCAAACCAACAAACAAAUGUAGCAAUAUCAACAACAGGUCUUGUUUUUGCCCAAUUUUGUUACACUUUUAUGCAACUUUAAUAAAAACAUUUAAAAUGGA